UAGCGGGAAAAGGGCAACGCCAGACGGGAGAGCACGCCGCUAUCGCUACUAGUUAAGCCGGUGACCAGGCGAACAGCACUAACUAGUUGUGUCGGGGAAACUAUGGGAUGGAUUGCCAUGGCAACCGACCAGACGUCACAAUCUGGGCAUGUGUGUUCCAUUUUUGUCUCCUUCUUAUUUUCAGACUGGAGGAUUUGGAUAGAGAAGAGGGAGAAAGGGAAAAUGUUUUCUGUCAAAAAAACGGGGCAGCCAUCUUUUAUUUGAUUGAGAGCAGAUUAAAAGAAAAUUAAGCCUCAUCUUCAUUUGGACGUCUCCCGAGCAAAUCUGGGCAUUCAGAGGGUUAAGUUUCAGGACUUUUAUUCCUGUAUCUCGGAUGUGAUUUUCUUGUUAUGCGGUAAAGAUGCCCGGAUCGCUCAGCAAUGAAGAUGAGGGGCAAGACGAUAUGGAUUUUGAGGACGACGUGCCAGAUGAUGAGGAAGGUGAGCAUCAAAGAAGUGUCCCCCUGUCACCACUAGAGAGAUUCUUCUCUGAGGAGGAUAAUGUUAAACAGCAUAAGAAGAAGAAAACCAGCAAGAUAAUGGAGGGAAAGGAGCCCAAAGUUAAGAAAAAGAAGAAAAAGGAGGGGCUUCCUAGUGGGCUGGAUGACAUGUCAGAUAGAGAAGAUCAUGGCCACAGGUCGGGGAGCGAGAGCAGCACCUACAGCGCCCUGAAGAAGAAAAAAAAGAAGCCCAAGGAGAAGAAAGAGAGGAAAACGAAACAGCGAAAGAAAGAGGACGAUGAAGAUGAUGAUGACGACGAUGAUGGAAACAUGAAGGAGCCAAAGUCGUCCAGUCAACUGAUGCAAGAGUGGGGUCUCGAAGAUGUCCUGUAUGCCUUCUCGGAGGACGAUUAUAAGACCAUCACCAACUACAAAGCCUUCAGCCAGUUUCUUAGACCCCUCAUCGCCAAGAAGAACCCCAAGAUCCCCAUGUCAAAAAUGAUGACAGUGCUUGGAGCAAAGUGGAGAGAGUUUAGUGCGAACAACCCUUUCAAAGGCACCUCUGCAACUGCUGUGGCGGCUGCUGUGGCCGCUGCCGUGGAAACUGUCAAUGUGGCUCCACCCAUCUGUAUUAGAAGUAUCCAACAGAUCUCUCCAUCUGGGCCAAUCAAAAAAGCCAAAACCAAAGAGGGAAAGGGGCCUGGUGCUAAAAAAAAGAGCAAGCCAGGAAAAGAAACAAAAAAGAAAGGGAAACCGAAGAAGUCCAAAUCGAAAGCAGGCCCGGGUGGAAAAAGGAAAAAAGGCUCUUCGAGUGAGGAGGAUUUCCUGGACGACUUUUCAGACUUUGAUGACAUCAGCAUUCACAGUGCCUCUGUACGCUCAGACACUUCAGCGGCAGCAAAAAAGAAGUCAAGUCGCAAAGGGCGGAAAAAAAGAAAAAGAGAGGAUGGAGACGGCUACGAGACAGACCAUCAGGACUACUGUGAGGUUUGUCAGCAAGGAGGAGAAAUCAUUCUGUGCGACACCUGUCCCAGAGCAUAUCACCUGGUGUGUCUGGAUCCAGAGCUGGAAAAAGCCCCUGAGGGCAAAUGGAGCUGCCCCCACUGUGAAAAAGAAGGGAUUCAGUGGGAGGCCAAAGAUGAUGAAGAGGAGGAAGACGAGGUUGCAGGUGAAGAGGAAGAUGACCAUAUGGAGUUCUGCAGAGUGUGUAAGGAUGGAGGAGAGCUGCUGUGUUGUGACACAUGUCCUUCCUCCUACCACAUCCACUGUCUCAACCCACCUCUUCCUGAGAUUCCCAAUGGAGAGUGGCUGUGCCCACGAUGCAUGUGUCCACCUCUAAAAGGCAAAGUCCAGAAGAUUCUGCAUUGGUCGUGUGAUCCUCCUCUGCCACCUGAGGUUCCUCUUGGGCCGGGGAUGGCGAGAAGGUGGAUGGUCUGGCCAAAAUGCCACUUAAAGGCCGUCCAGAGAGGCAGCUUGUUUGUAAAAUGGGCUGGCCUGUCCUACUGGCACUGCUCCUGGGUCAGCGAACUACAGUUGGAGCUGUAUCACACAGAUUACCGGAACUACCAGCGCAAGAAUGACAUGGAUGAACCACCACCAUACGACUACGGCUCUGAGGAGGAGCUUAAUAAUGAGAAAAGGCGGAGCAAAGACCCUCAGUAUGCUGCCAUGGAGGAGCGUUUCUACCGUUACGGCAUCAAGCCAGAAUGGCUGAUCGUUCCCGCAUCCCUCAAUCACAGUUUUGAUAAGGACGGAGAUGUACAGUACUUGAUUAAGUGGAGAGAUCUGCCGUAUGAUCAGUGCAGCUGGGAGGCUGAUGACUUUGACGUCCCAGAUUAUGACAGCCUUAAACAAGCCUACUGGGAUCACAGGCAAGUUGUGGCUCGGUGAAAAUCAUCAGCCCCUGCUGUUCAGGAAGGAAAGAGACCCAAAGAGGAAGUGAAGAGGAGAGAACCUCCACCCGACACUCCAGUUGUGGAUCCCACCAUCAAGUUUGAACAGCAGCCAUGGUACAUCGAUGACACUGGGGGAACUUUGCACCCUUACCAGCUGGAAGGUCUGAACUGGUUGCGCUUCUCUUGGGCUCAAGGAACCGACACAAUCUUGGCUGAUGAAAUGGGACUUGGCAAGACUGUGCAGACUAUAGUGUUCCUGUACUCACUCUACAAAGAGGGUCACUCCAAAGGGCCGUUUCUGGUCAGCGCACCACUUUCCACCAUUAUCAACUGGGAGAGGGAGUUUGAGAUGUGGGCUCCAGAUUUCUACGUGGUCACUUACACGGGGGACAAAGAGAGCCGGGCUAUCAUACGUGAAAACGAGUUCACUUUUGAGGACAGCGCUGUCAAAUCGGGACGGAAGGUUUUCCGCAUGAAGAAGGACACACCAAUAAUUCAUGUCCUACUGACAUCAUAUGAACUGAUCACCAUUGAUCAGGCAAUACUCGGCUCCAUUACCUGGGCCUGUUUGGUUGUGGCUGAAGCCCACCGACUGAAGAAUAACCAGUCAAAGUUUUUCAGAAUUCUCAAUGGCUACAAAAUCUACUAUAAGCUGCUCUUGACUGGAACCCCUUUGCAGAACAAUCUGGAAGAGCUUUUCCACCUGCUCAACUUCCUCACCCCGGAGCGCUUCAAUAACCUGGAGGGCUUUCUGGAGGAGUUUGCGGACAUCUCGAAAGAAGACCAGAUUAAGAAACUUCACGACCUGCUGGGGCCACACAUGCUCAGGAGAUUGAAGGCUGAUGUGUUUAAGAACAUGCCAGCAAAAACCGAGCUCAUCGUGCGAGUUGAACUCAGCCCUAUGCAGAAAAAAUACUACAAGUUUAUUUUAACAAGGAAUUUUGAGGCUUUGAAUUCCAAAGGAGGAGGGAACCAGGUGUCCCUUCUAAACAUCAUGAUGGAUCUGAAGAAAUGCUGCAACCAUCCCUACCUGUUUCCAGUGGCUGCAGUGGAAGCCCCGGUGUUACCCAAUGGCUCUUAUGAUGGUAACCUUCUGGUGAAAUCCUCAGGGAAACUCACCCUGCUUCAGAAAAUGCUCAAAAAACUCAAAGAUGGAGGACACAGGGUUCUCAUCUUCUCUCAGAUGACAAAGAUGCUGGAUCUACUGGAGGACUUCCUGGAGUUCGAGGGGUAUAAAUACGAGCGCAUUGACGGGGGCAUCACAGGCGGGCUGCGACAGGAGGCCAUCGAUCGCUUUAACGCACCCGGCGCUCAGCAGUUCUGUUUUCUGCUGUCCACUCGUGCUGGAGGAUUGGGUAUCAAUCUGGCAACCGCAGACACAGUAAUCAUAUAUGACUCUGACUGGAAUCCGCACAAUGACAUUCAGGCAUUCAGCAGGGCGCAUCGUAUUGGCCAAAAUAAAAAGGUUAUGAUCUAUCGCUUUGUAACUCGGGCAUCCGUAGAGGAGCGGAUCACCCAGGUGGCCAAGCGAAAGAUGAUGCUGACCCACCUCGUGGUGCGUCCCGGCUUGGGCUCCAAGACUGGCUCUAUGUCCAAGCAGGAGUUAGACGACAUCCUCAAAUUUGGCACUGAAGAGCUUUUUAAAGACGACGUGGAAGCUGCCAGAACGAUGGGAGACAAUAAAGAAGGAGAGGAGGUCAGUGUGAUCCACUAUGACGAUAAUGCCAUCUCCAAACUUCUGGACCGUAGUCAAGAUGCCACUGAAGACACCGAGAUCCAGAACAUGAACGAGUACCUGAGCUCAUUUAAAGUGGCUCAGUAUGUCGUGAGAGAGGAGGACGGAGAGGAGGAGGUCCAGAGGGAGAUUAUUAAGCAGGAGGAGAAUGUUGAUCCAGACUAUUGGGAGAAGCUCUUGAGGCACCAUUAUGAGCAGCAGCAGGAGGAUCUGGCCCGAAACCUGGGCAAGGGGAAACGCAUACGCAAACAGGUCAACUAUAAUGACGCCUCUCAAGAGGACCAAGAGUGGCAGGACGAUCUUUCGGAUAAUCAGUCUGAGUACUCUGUCGGGUCUGAAGAUGAAGAUGAAGAUUUUGAGGAACGGCCUGAGGGUGGACGCAGACACUCCCGCAGACAGCUGAAGAGCGAUCGGGACAAACCAUUGCCGCCACUGCUAGCUAGAGUUAGUGGAAAUAUAGAGGUUUUGGGAUUUAAUGCCCGGCAGCGGAAAGCCUUCUUGAAUGCGAUUAUGCGCUGGGGAAUGCCUCCACAAGAUGCCUUCAACUCACACUGGCUCGUCCGUGACCUGAGAGGGAAAAGUGAGAAGGAGUUCAGGGCUUACGUGUCUCUGUUCAUGAGGCACCUGUGUGAGCCGGGAGCAGAUGGAGCAGAGACAUUUGCAGAUGGAGUCCCAAGGGAAGGCCUGUCCCGCCAGCAUGUUCUCACCCGGAUCGGUGUCAUGUCUCUGGUCCGCAAGAAGGUUCAGGAGUUUGAACAUGUGAAUGGGAAGUUUAGUACACCAGAUCGGAUUCCUGUGGGAUUAGAGCUGAAAAAGUUAACAGAAAGUGUCUCGUCGGACCCAAACACCCCUGUUCCUGCCAGUCCAGUUCCAACUCAACCCAGUACACCAGUACCUUCAGAUAAGACAGAGUCAGUGUCCGGUUCUCAAGAAGACAAGGAGAUUGCAGAACCAGAGAACACCAAACCACUGGACCCCGAGCCAGUUGUUCCAGAACCCACUCCUGCUCCAGAAAAGACCAAUGAGGGAGAAGAGCCAAAAAAUGGCAGUCCAGAAGAGAAACGAUUAGAGGAGAGCGAAAAGAGUGACACCCCUCCUGUCCAAACAGAGCCAUCAGCCAAUCAAGCACCGCCGCCUACUAAGCAAUGCGAGCAGCCAGCCAAUCAGACACCUUCAGACUGUGGUAAAGGGAAAGAGACUUCUCCAGAAAGAGGGGAAAGUAAAUCCAGCCCUCCAAAAUCAGAGGAUAAGGAACAAAAACCAGCCAUUCCUGAUGAUGUCAAAUCUGAAGACCCUCCUGAAAACCAAGUGAAUGGAGAGAAAGAUUCGAGGGACGACACGGAUGAGGGCCACAGAGAUGACAAGAGCAGUAUCAAAACUCGUUUCAUGUUCAACAUCGCAGAUGGAGGAUUCACAGAGUUGCACACACUAUGGCAGAAUGAAGAACGCGCAGCUGUGUCAUCUGGCAAAAUAUACGACAUCUGGCAUCGUCGCCAUGACUACUGGCUGCUGGCUGGCAUCGUAACACAUGGUUAUGCCCGCUGGCAGGACAUUCAGAAUGACCCGCGUUAUGCCAUCCUCAAUGAGCCUUUCAAGACUGAAAUACACAAAGGGAACUACUUAGAAAUGAAGAACAAGUUUCUUGCCAGACGCUUUAAGCUCCUGGAACAGGCUUUGGUCAUCGAGGAGCAGCUCCGGCGUGCGGCGUACCUGAACAUGACUCAGGACCCCAGUCAUCCUGCCAUGGCUCUCAACACACGUUUUGCAGAGGUGGAGUGUCUGGCUGAGUCCCAUCAGCACCUCUCCAAAGAGUCUCUGGCUGGUAACAAGCCAGCCAAUGCAGUGCUGCACAAAGUGUUGAAUCAGCUGGAGGAGUUGUUAAGCGAUAUGAAGGCGGAUGUGACGCGUUUGCCCUCCAUGCUUUCACGGGUGCCACCGGUGUCCGCACGGCUCCAGAUGUCAGAGCGGGGCAUCCUCAGCAGACUCACCAGCCGGGGCAAUGAGCCGCCUCCUCAGCAGCCUUUCCCUCAGGGCUCUUUCGGCUGUUCUCAGAUGUAUAAUAGCAGUUUCGCCGGAGGGUUUCGUGGACCUGGAGGCACCGCCAUGGUGAACUAUAGCCAGAUGCCCCUGGGGCCGUACGUCAGUGUUUCCUCAAAUGGGCCUCCUGCCCCUACCAGCCUCCUGGAGAAGAAGUCGAGUGACGUCCUGCGAGAUGUGGUAACCCCUGAUUUAAAAUCAGGCAAACCCAGUGAUGUUAUAUGCAUCGAGGACUAGCCUGUGGACGCUCCGUCCUGUUAAUGUACAGUAUAAAACCUACAAACAGAAUGCUGGAGGAAGGAAUAAUAAACAGCAAACCUUAUCAGUUGCACUUUUGUCUUUCAGAUUCUGUACUUGUACGCGCCUGUAAGUUUUAUUCAGUAGAUUUAAGUUUCGUUCAUUCUUUAAAAAAAUAAUAAAAAAUCAGCGAUACAAAAGUAUUGAUCGAUUAGGGAGAGGCUGAGGACGCUACUGAAAGAGGGCAUCAUUGUUCUGACAGUCCUCUGAGCUUUGUUUUUUUUAUUAUUGUUAUUAUUAUUUUUUACAUCAUGGCUUCUGUUUCUUAGUGGCCAUGAGGGACAUUUGGAACUCUGCUAACGCUGAGCCGUCUGGAGGUGCUAGUGGUUUCCGGCCAGCUGAAGGACCUCUGCUUUUGCUCCUGGCUCUGCUCAUGAAUGAUGUGCUGUUGCUGCCCCUGCAGGUUAUUGCUGUGUAGUGCAUCUAAACACAGAAUAGUGCAAUGACUGACAUAUUCUCUGGAAAACCUCAGAUGAUUUUGCAUUGUCGCCACCAACGUUUGCUUUCAGAACUGUUCUAGAUUGUUUUUCCAGUUUACAUUACUAGAAAAGGAAAAGAGCGUUGAUGAAAGCUAAAGGGGCUCCCAGUGAUGAAAUAAUCUUAAUUAUUAAAAAGUUUUCCCUCAGUAAAUUUAUGGCACAUUUACUUAGAAAUUCCACAGUGUUAAAAUGCCAUUCAGAAUCAAGUUUUGUAGUAUAAAAAAUUAAUUGAAAAAUGUCCUCAAAUCUCAAAAUUGUCCUUUGCCUUCAGUGUCCUGCAUAAAAAAAAUCCAGUACAAUCAAAGUAUUAGUAGCCUAUUAAAAGUUCAUUUUAGAAGAAGCUGGGCUGAGAUCACAUGACCUGCAUGUCUAAUAAAUACUCACUACUCAGUGCAUAUAUAUAAAUAUAGCACUUUUGAGUGGUCAUAUAUAUCGAUGGCAAUUGGAAUGUUUUCAUGAACUGAGAGCUGAUCAAAUUAAGAUUGGGAGAAAUUGUGACCCACAAUUUGAAAGGUAUAUAUUUUAUUUUAAUGCAGUGUGAACUUUAUUAUUGUGCUGUUGAAUGCAAAAAAAUAUUGUCCCUCAGUUUGUAAAACAAUAAUGCUUUUAUUGCAAUUCAUUUUGCAAGUGUAUACAGAAAAAAAUAAACGUUAAAGUGUAUAUUAUCACAAUUUUUUACACACUCCGUCCACAAAAAUUAUUUGGUAGCAUAUAAAUUGUUUUGUUUGCUUUUACAAAGUGAGGGACCGGCUGAAAGUGCAUUCUGUCAGUUAAUCAAUCAACAGCAUGCCUGGAAUAUUUCUAGAAAUGAGGCUUUUUAAUUUCUGGAACAGAGCGAAAGCUCAACAGGGAUAUCUGUCCAUCAUUUCCACCCUGUUCCAUGUUCCUGGAUUAGCUCCAAUCAGUUUAAAUUUGUAAACUUAAUUUUGUAUUACUAUUAUAAUCAUCAUCAUCAUAUCCUUCUAUAGAUGCAUUUUACUUGACAUUUUGUGAAUUGCUGAAACUUGGACCCUACAGUGUGUCGGCUUACUAAGCCGAGCUUAUAGAUAGUAUUGACAUGAUUGUUCUGGUGCCAUAAGUGGUGUGGAGAUGGAUUGUUUGUUUCAAUUUGAAAUGAUUUGCCUUGUGUUACUGUGUUUUUAAGCAACGCACUUUAUAUGGAGAUCGGACAUGACCAUAAAGACGGCCAUUUCAAACGCAGUGGAAACCUCUUUUAAUAACUUGUAUACUCAGUUUCAGUGUGUGGUAUUAGUCAUGCUAAUAAUGUAGAUGAAGAGUUUUGUUUGUUUUCUGCAUCUCGGCGUCAGUUUAAAUGACACUGAAGUGUCAUGGCUGACCGUAAACAUGAUCAUAGCUUCUUUUGCAGUAGUUUUAACUUGGGGGUUCAAGACGAUGAGGAUGAUUUUUGUGUAAACUAUGAAUGUGGAAAAAAAUGCAGUUAAAUGUUCACACGCACACUCACGCUACAGAAACCUCAAAUGAUUUCAAUGAAACGCAAAGACAGCCUUGAGAGUCGAGGGAACUUGUACCCACGAGAGAGAGCCAGCAGCAUAAAAUGUGUUGUGAAAUGAAGUUUUGUUUUUAUCCUGUGUGAUGAGUUUACGCCAUUUUCAUUUGUACUUUUUAAUCCGUGUUGAUAUUGCCAUUGCGCUCCAUUUAAAUGCAAUCAAACUGAAGCCAAAAUGAAUGUAUGACGUAUUUAAAAAAAGCUUCAGUCUAAUAUUAGAAGUCUUUUCAUUCAAGUACAAACUAGGCUUCAAAAGCUACCAAAAGACUCUGGUCAAGACAACUUUGUUGCCAUGAACGCACAGCAUGUGAUUUGUCUUCAGACUACUUUGGACCAGAGAGAUCUUUAUCCUGGUUUCAAAACAUCUACGAGCAAAACAAGUAUUGCUAUUUUGCAGAGAUAAGAAUAUGGAAAACAUAAGUGAACUACCAUCAACUCACUUUGUACUCAGUGUAUUCGUUUUAUGUGUUUUAAUAAAUCCCCUCCAAUAA